AUGAUGACAACAGGAUUUAAAUGGGGAAUGAAUAACACCCCUUUAACUAAUAAUACUACAACAAAUGUCACAAGCACAACAGCAGAGACAAGCUCAUCACUAACAAAUAAUACGCCCCGUUCUACCCCAGAUGAAUCAACAGCUUUAAUCACUAAACCAUCGAUCAAGAAAAGAAGAUAUCAUAAUGAUAAUAACAACAACACUAUAAUAACUUCAGAAAGUGAUAUUCCUGGACGUAAAUAUUAUCCACCACCUCCACCAUCUAAAUUUAAACGAUCAAGAACUCCUAGAAUUAUUGGACAACCAUUACCAACAAAUAGAUUAAUUGAAGUAUUAGAUAAACAUAGUUUACAAAGUUUAUUAACAAAUUUAAUUCAAUAUCAUCCAGAAAUUCAAAAUACAAUUCAUAAAUUAUCACCUAAACCAACUUUAAUUUCAUCUAUUGAAUUAAUAAAAGAAAAAUUUGAUGAUAUCUUAAAUCAUUUACCUUAUAAAUGUGAUAUUGAAAGUGAUUAUUCUUAUUUAAGAAUUAAACCUCAUUUACAAGAAUUUUUAGAAUGUUUAAGUGAUUUUAUAUUAAGUUUCUUACCUCCAAUUGAAUUAAAUAUUAUUACUUCAUUAACAUUUUUACAUGAAAUUACUAAUUUAUUACAUAAUUUACCCAAUUUUUCAAAUAAUGAAUUUCAAUAUACAAGAUCAAUGGCUUAUGAACAAAUUGCAAAUACUUGGUUAAUAGUUGUUAGUAGUCAACAACAACAAAGAGACGACAAAGAAGAUUCUCCGUCUACUUCCAGUGGUACUACUGAAGAUUGCAAACAAAUCAUAACAAUCAUCCAUGAAUAUGAUUUAUUAGAUAAAUUAGCCAAACAUAAUGAAAUUUCUAGAAAUAAAUUCAUUAAAGUAAUUGAUUACUUAAAAUCUGAACUUGAACAAGAUGAAUUGAUUAAUCAUGCAACUUCUAAUAAUCCAUUAAGUGAUAUGAUUACUGUUGAUUAUUCAAAUUAUUCAAUCAUUGCCAGAACUUCUCAUUAA